ACGGUCGGUACAUGGAAGAUUGGGUUGAAUCUGGUAACGAAAUCUUUAAAGUUGUCUUAAAUUGCAGUCCAAGGGGUUUUAGAAAAGUUGCAUCAACACAUAUCUUCAAGUUGGAUUUCUCAUCAAUGACUUGGGUUUUGUUGAAGACUUUGGGUGAUCGUGUUCUCUUUUUGUGCACAAACAUGGACACAUCACGUUCCAGAAAGUGUUAUUCAACUUCCAGUGCGUACUGCUCAGCAACUGAUAUGGGUCUUGAAAGGGGUUGCUUGUUUUAUACACUAUCGGAAGAUCAAACCUUGUAUGUGUAUGAAGUAGAAGAUAAUGCUACUACAGUUAUCAUGCCGUGUUUGAAACUUCCAACCCCAUGGUUUCUGCCCACUUGGAUCAUGAUGCCCACAACAGUAAACAGGCAUGUUGCUCGAAGAAGGAGAAGAAUAACAAAUCUCCUAGUAAACCAAGAUACAACUUCAACCAGCACAGUGGAAGAUAAUAUGACUGGGACAAAUAAUAGCGGAGGAGAAUUGGAAGCUUCGAAACAGUGGGAUUUUGUUGAUGAUUAUGAUAGUCUAGAGGAGAUAGCAAGAUUUCUCCAUCCAGUGGAUUACAUUCAUUUUCGCUUAGCCUGUAAACAAAAUUCAAUAUUUCUUCCCGCAUUGAACCGGAUAUUGGCUGCUACAAGGACCUCGGCAACUACAUAUUUAUCUCCAUGGUUGAUUUCCAUCUUUGAAGAUGAUGAAGACACCAUCUGCGAUGUGCUAGACCCGAUGCAUGAUAAUGACAAGUAUCUUAUGAAAUUAUCUGAUCAAUUGCUUGUAGGUUCUACAAUCCGAUUUUCGAAAGAUGGGUGGCUUUUAUUAUCGAAUGGGAAAAAAAAAGUAUUCUGCUACAAUCCCUUCACAAAAGCAAUGAUAUUUCUUCCAGAUUUUCCUGAUAAUUACGUACUUGGUGGAAUGUCAUUCUCGUGGGUACCAACUUCUCAAGAUUGUUUGGUGGUUGUUAUCUCCAACUGGUGCCCAAUGGGAGGUGAUAAUGAGAUAUCUUUCUUGGUAACUGAACCGGGAAACAGUGCAAUUGGCUGGAAUAUUCAUAGAUUUGAUUAUGAAGGCUUCUCUGAGGAAGGCAUUGCUCCGUAUAUGGUCAACUUUAUGCCGUGUAUUAACAACCCAGUUUUCUAUCACGGAGCUUUCUACUGCUUAGAUUACAAUGGAAUAUUAGGAAUUUUCAGUGUGAAAGAUACUUACAGUUGGAAAGUACUUCCGAGGUCCUUGAAACAAUUCGGCAGUUUUUAUCCAAGUUAUUUGGUGGAGUGUGAUGAUAAACUAUUACUGGUGAAUGUAGGACUACGUGGAAAAUCCGUAGAUAUUUAUAGAUUGGAUGAUUCAGAGAUGGUUUGGGUAAAACUGAACAGUUUGGGAAAGCAUGCAUUGUUCAUCAGCUAUGCAUCCAGCUUUUCAGCAAUUGCUCCACGUAGUUUCAUGGUGAACAACAUCUACUUCCCGAGAUUACAAGGUGAAAGGAUUUUAUACCAUUCUCUUGAUACAUGUAGGUAUCAUUUUGUAGGGGGUAAUCAACAUUAUGCACAAGAUUUUCAUAAUACAAAGGAAAGAUCAAACUGCACUUGGAUCGAGCCUAGAUGGUCUUAGAACUCUUAGGGAAAAACUAAUCAGGAGCCUGAAGGUGCCAUCUUGUCGUCUGAAAUCCAGUACUAGUUGUUCAAUUUUUUUU